AUGAAGGUUUCCACGCCAGCCCUACCGAUGAAGCAGAAAGCUGCAGUCUACAACUCGCCCGGAUCAGUUUCUAUCGAUAUCGUGGAGAUUGACAUUCCUGAGCCAGGCCCAGAUGAGGUUUUGAUAAACUUGACCCAUUCUGGCGUCUGUCACUCCGAUCUCGAUAUAAUGACAAAUAGUUGGGCAGGCCUUCCACCGACCCCACAGGGACAAGUUGGCGGCCAUGAAGGAGUUGGUCGUGUCGUGAAGCUGGGUUCGGCAACAGGCAAUUCUGGCAUAAAGAUUGGAGACAGGGUUGGUGUGAAAUGGGUCGCAAGUGCUUGUGGAAACUGCGAACCAUGCCAAAUGCAGUCGGACAGCCUUUGCUUUAACCAGAAGGUGUCCGGAUUUUACACUCCUGGAACUUUCCAACAAUAUGUCCUGGGUCCUGCCAAUUACGUGACUAGGGUCCCAGAUGGAGUAGAGUCUGCUCAAGUCGCGCCUCUACUCUGCGCGGGGCUUACUGUCUACUCUGCUCUUAAAGGUAGCAUGACCGCACCUGGGCAGUGGGUUGUCAUCUCUGGGGCAGGAGGCGGACUUGGACACCUAGCAGUUCAAAUUGCCAGCAAGGGAAUGGGAUUCCGUGUCAUCGGUGUUGAUCAUGGAUCAAAAGCAGAAUUGGUCAAGGAGUCAGGCGCCGAACAUUUUGUGGAUAUUACCAAGUUCCCUGCAGAUGAUGACGGCGCGGCAAUUAUAAACCACAUCAAAUCUCUAACUGGAGGACUUGGGGCUCACACUGCCAUUGUCUGUACUGCUGCCAAUAGCGCCUACAGCCAAGCGGUUCAAUUCCUAAGGUUCAGUGGUACCCUGGUCUGUGUUGGAAUCCCUUCAGGCGAACGAAAGCCAAUCGCUAGCGCUUAUCCUGGGAUUUUGAUCGCGAAGCAAUUAAAGAUCAUCGGAUCGGCUGUUGGCAAUCGUGUUGACGCUGUUGAGGUGUUGGACUUCGCUGCUCGGGGAAUCGUCAAGGUCCACUUACAGACGCUGCCAAUGGAGAAGCUUUCCCAGAUUUUCCAGGAUAUGAAGGCAGGAAGCUUGCUUGGGAGAGCAGUGAUUGAUCUUUCUUGA